CUGUGGAGGGUGCAGUGUAGGAAUGGAGGAGGUGAAUCACUGAGAAGUGUGCAUGGGGGAGUAAAAGUUGUCCUCUGCAUCCAAGGACCACAAUUCACUGCCCCAGUGGACAGAGAUGCGCAGUUCUUCAAGAGUCAGAGCAGGCUGAAAAGUCGAAAAAGGAUGCAGGACGCUAAAGAAGGCAGCAGUUUUCAGGGCUCAAGUCCUCAGCCACCACCUUCCUCCCCUUUCCCGAAAACAAGGACUCCGUCAAAAGGCGAAACCUCAGCAGUCGCAAGGACAACUGUCCGAGGGAAUUGAGCUCACAACUGUGAAGUGUGUAUUAGAGAACCCUGUCACGUGUAAGUCGCGAAACCGCGCCUUUCUCGCGACUAGAGGCGUCAUCGAGAACCACCACAACAAACCAGCACCAACUCAUGGAUUGAACCGAUGAUCUCGCCGGUAUGGCUAGUCCUGCCACCAGUAACGAUAUUGAUGAGCCUCUGAACGACGUCGAUACCGAUUAUGGGUCUGAUUUCUCUCCAGAAGAAGCUGUCAUAGUUGAGCAAUUGUUAUCGGGAAAACACGCCGAGGACGACAAUCCCAUUGUCAACAAUAUCGAGCAUCAUGACGCACGGCAGAAUCUGCGUCUCCCUCGCAUAUUUGGGAGGGAGGAGAGGUCGCCUUUGUUCCAAGCGGCCAGAGCUGCUGAACAGAUUGCUGAGCAGAUCAGCAAGUCAAUUAAGCGUGGCGAGCACUACCCGGAUCUGAGUGACCAGGUCAAAGAUGCGUCAGAUUUGAGAACGGAAGCCACUGUCGAAGCUCCUCCAGCAGACCCCACUGCUCCAGAUACACGAUCCCCUCUUGAACGAUUUCGAACACAGCCAAAGAAGGCUCUUUCAGUGACAGAUCUGGUCUCGCCAGCAUGGUGCGAAUUGCAAUAUUGGUAUACCUUGACCCUGCAUGGGAGGAAGAGGCGGACACGAGCUAUGAAGCAGGGGAGUAAGGUCCAUCAAAUUCUCGAGGACCAGGUCCAUACUGCAGUCCAUGUCAGGCUUGAAACGAAGGAAGAUGCAUGGGGCCUUCGAAUAUGGAAUGUGAUACAGGGUCUCAGAACACUGCGCGAUGACGGGCUGACUAGAGAACUCGAAAUCUGGGGCACUGUGGAUGGAUUGGUCGUGAACGGAGUCAUUGACGAGCUUUCCUACAUCUGUCCAGAUACCGAGAUGCAGGAGUCUUUGCAGAAGCCUGAUCCUAAGGAGGAGCUUCCUCCAGAUCAAGCUACUAUCUCUGAAUUCUUCAAGGCAGCAAACGGCACGUCUCUCGCAGAAGCAACAAGAAGCAAGCGUCGUGCUCGAACGAAGAAAGUCUACCUUUGCGAUGUGAAAACUCGAGGUGUUCGAAAUUUGCCUUCGGGAGCUACCUUUCGUCCUACUAAAAUACAACUUAUGCUUUACCACCGUCUCCUGGCCACAUUAGCAACAAAUAAUGUCGACUUCUCCAUCUUGACCGCCCGUUAUGGGCUCGACCCUUUGAAGACUUUCUCAGACUCCUUUCUUGCACAAAUAGGCGGACUCCACGAAUCAAGUGGGCAGCCUUUCCUCGACGCUAAAUCAGAGUUAGACUCAAGUCAAGAAUCCGAACCAAACUGGAGUCAAGACUCACUGGCCACACUUCUGGCGCACCACAACCUCUCGGCAAUAUGGUCAUUGAUGAUCUCCGAGUUUCAACUUACAUUGCCCGAUGGUGCUGAUUCAUUGGGCAAGGUUCUGAAAGCUGAAUAUAGAUCACGAGAUGAUGGUGAGAUCUUGGGAAGCAAAACAUUUGCAAUGGAUGAUCUGGAUUUGUCAGCGUACAUAAACCAUGAGAUGGAGUGGUGGAAAGGAGAGAGGCAAGCAGAAGGCGUGGCGGUGGAAGAAGCUUUCAAGUGCAGGAGCUGCGAAUUCGCAGACAACUGCGAGUGGAGGAUCAAGAAAGUUGAGGAAGCCAAAGAAAAGGCUAGGAUGACGAAGAAACGGACCGCGGCUAUAUAAUGACUGGAUGAGGGAUUGUUUGCUUGCAUCUGAGCAUGGCAUGGCGUUGGCGGCUAUAGACCUUCCCCCCAUAUUGAAUCUUUAUACACAAGAAUCGUACAUAUCAACACAUCUCCAUCACAUCACCAAGGAUACCUCUUUCCCUCCCAUGUCCAAAAUGUCGCCGCGCCAUCCUCCUCUUUCCUCUCCGCACUCCCCCUCCCCCCCUCAUCC